AUGUACGGCUUCAACUACGCCACCAUCUUGGCCCUCGCGGCAGGCACCGCGGCUACAAGCGUCUCAACGACUCCCCACGACUCCUACUCGUCUUCCGUCGGUGUUCUUGGUUGUAAGAUUGAUACCAAUCGCGUAGCCUACUGGCCAGGCUCCGUCGACUGCAACAACAUCUGUGUCAAGCUCACCUAUGGAGAUCGCUCCGUCAACCUUUUGCGCAUUGACCAGUCUGGCGGCGCUUAUGAUAUCAGCUACGACGCCUGGGCCUACCUCCAGACCGGCAAGUCCGCUUCUGUUGAUGCCAUCACUGGUGGAGGUGUCGACAUGGAAUACGAAGAGGUGGACGCCUCGGAAUGCGCCGACUUGAUCAAGACUGAUGGCUCCAAACUGCCACUCUCUGCUUCCAACAGCAUGAACUUCUUGGCUAGCUGUCUGGCAGAGCCGGAUAGCUGGGUUGCCCAGAACCACGUUCUCUACAACAUCUGCGACUCGGUUUGCACUUUGGGCUAUGACGAGACAUGCACGCUUGAUCUGGCCGUCAGCAACCAGCCCAGCUGCUCGCACACCCUCGGACUCACCACGUCCUUGACGUCGACGCCGGUUUACAACAUCGAGUAUCAGUCUGGCAAGGUUGUCACGGCCGGCAGUGGAGUUGUUGCAAGUGGCUACACCUAUGCUGAAGCCAGUGCCGACUCGUCAUCUGACUCGUCGUCCGACUCUGAUGCCGAGGUGGAAACUGUAGCGACCACCUCGGCUGCGCCGGCUGUCAGCACCGCCACCACUUCUACGGUCGAUGCCGUCUUCCUUGAGGUUACUAGCAGCUCGUCUUCCGUCCAAGAAUACAAGACUGCCCCAGCCACGACGACCGCAGCUGCCACGACUUCCUCCUUUGCUCCUGCCUACAGCACUCAGUCUACCACUGCCGCCCAAACCACCGAGUCUGCAAGCUCUUCUGCCACUACUCUGGUCUCCUCGGUUCAAUCCUCUACUACAGCUGGCUCCAGCUCGAUUGCCUCUACCGCAGCUGGCACCAGCUCGAUUGCCUCAAGUGCUGUACCGACGAGCGCCAAUGCUUCGAGCACAUUGGUGGUUGCUACAAAGUCGUCUUCUCAAAGCAGCGCGACCAGCAGUGGCUCUGCUGCUACCGGCACUGCUCAGCCAAUAACCUCUGGUGCCAACUCCAAGGUCGGUGCGUCAGUCUCGGCGUUAAUCUCAAGCAUUGCCAUUUACUUGCUUGUGAGCGCCCUGUAG